ACGAAUCGAGCUUAUUUAUUGUCAAUGAUUGCAGAUACAAUUGUGUAAUCUGCGAAAUGGAGCCGAUAUACUCCAAAGAGGUCAAUGUCUUUUGCGACGACCUGUAGGCAAGGAAAAUUGAAACAACAUAGGAGGGAAAAUGAUAGCAAGUUCUUCCAUUCACCAACACGCCAUCUGAAGAAUGUAACGGCACGUUUCAUUGUUGGUUCGAUUCAGUCUUGCGCGUGACGCUGGGGACGCGUGUUCACAAUGUCCUCGAAAGAAUAACUCGUGCUCUGACAAAUACGAAUUAUGAGUCAUCAAAAAUGCGCGGCGCAUUGAAAACAAUGACGCAUAGUCAUUAACAUGAUUUGGAUACCCCGUUUACGAAUAAUAAAAAUUUUAUCAAGAGAGAGGUUGACAGAGAGAGAUCACAUGUGAAGAGGAUAUUGUUAGUGACCUUCGCCGAGCCGGCUGUCUCGUUUUUGAGUUGGCCAACGUGUACGUAUCGUAAAACGUGUGUAUUUGUAAGUGGGGACGUGUACGCGCUGGUCGUGCGUGUGAGAACUGAGAAUCUCUCCGGCCGAGCAGUGCUCCGAAACGCGCCUCUCGACAUCACGAUGGUGAGCUGAAGUGACAUACGGGCAAUGGCAAAAAUCGCGAGAGAAUCCGACUCGAUACCCAUGGUUUUCGUAUGCGAGCAUUGCACCAACCAGACAUUCAAGCAAAUCCAAGACUUCGUUAGGCACUUGAGAGAUCAACAUUGUUCUAGAGAAGGUGGAUCCUUCGUGUGUCUCUAUGGCUAUAAUGAGGUGUGCACUAGUCUUCCUGUGGAAGGUGUCUCUGAUAAGGAUUAUAUAGCACACGCCACUAAGCACGCAGUUAUGCAACAGCAACGAAAAAGCAACGGCCAAUUAUCCGAGAGUGGCUCGUCAUGGACCAUCUAUUCGGCUGCGCAAAAUUUACCUGCUGUCCUAAACGAUCCGUUCAAGGGAAAGCAGAGUAAUCUUUUAACUCGUACCUGGGGAGAUGGAUUUGUGGAAAAAGUGGACAUUCCGAAGAGUCCUUACCUUCCUGAGAUCACAAUGCAACAUUUCGAGACAUAUUUAAAAAAAAUUGCAAGGAGAUAUCGAAAACAUUCGCGUAUGAACUCGAGCGCAAAUAGGCCGGCUACUCCGAAUGAAUUACUCCAAAAUUUUCCGAAUCUUAGGAAGGUGAAAUCAUUGGAUCGGCUGCAAUUUGAUUUAGCUAGUAUUCCAAAGAUCUUUUUAAUACCAAAUUUAGAUCUUUCACAAAAAGAUAAUUUUGAUGCUGUGUUCCCGUUUGCGAAAAACGGUCUUUUAACCGAAGAAUGCAAUAUCGUUUUGCAUGUAAAGCAAAUGCAAGAAAAGCUUAGUCACUAUCUGGAUAUUGUGGAAGUCCGGAUAGCGGAGCAAGUCGCGUCGAAAUCUCAAGCCUUUUUUCAUGCAAUGACAUCUCAUGACGUGCUUAUGGAACAGCUCACUCAAACCAUUACGGUUCUGAAAGCCCUCAGGAAGAAUAUUCAUCAAGUCGAUAAGUAUCUAGUCAAGAAUUCUCUGGAAAUUUUACGCCUAGAACGUGCUAGAUCUAACAGAUUAUUGGUACAAGAGAAAUUAAAACUUAUGGCAACCGUGCAUCAAAGCCAACCCAUGAUACAAUUACUGCUAUCCACUCCAGAUUACGUUGCGGCGUUAGACCUUAUUUCCACGACGCAAGAAAUUCUCUUGCAAGAAUUAAACGGAAUACAUAGCUUUAGACAUUUAAGUUCUCAAUUAACUGAAAUGGAGAAACUCGUGGAUAAGAUGCUGUCGACUGAAUUUCAAAGAUACGCGACUGCGGAUCUCAAUAGACCGUUGAGUGGCGAGAAUACCGUUUUAGACGGUGAUAAACUGGUUUCCAUCAUUUCUGGUCUACUACGUCAGAAACAUUUUCAAUUUGUGGAUACGUACAAAGAGGAAGCUGUGACUACUGUAAGAGCCUUGACGAAGCAACGGGUGAUAGAGGCACUGGCAGCGAGCGACUGUUGUAGCGAUCAGCAAGCGGCAGCUCUCGAAGUCGGGGGUCUCUCUUUGACGGAAAGAUUAACUUUGCUCCACAAUACUAUACAAUCUUUCACAUCACUUCUAUUACGAGUUAAGGCAGUUCAUGAUGUGAUGAGAGACACAGCGGACUUGUCAGCCGAACGUUUAUGCGACGGCUCAUUUGAUGAAUCAGUACUUGAUCGAUUACUCACUCAAGAAGAGCAUACACGAGUAAUUAACAAGCUCACUGAUAUGAUUACCUCUGUAUGUGAUUAUUGCCACGAGCGAAUGGGCAAUCUACUUUCGGCGGGAACAAACGAGAAGGAUAAACUUCACAACGACAAGAUUAUCGCUGAUAACUCGCAGAAUAAAUUAGAAGAGAAUAAGGAAUGUCAAACGUGGAAUGAUAAGAGCUCUUGGUUGAGCGAGAAAGCAACGACCGCUCAGGUUUGUCAAUUGGCCAAUAUGGUUGAAGAAUUCACGCACGCUUGCGAGAAACUUUGUGGCAAACAGUGUACUGCAUUACGAUCGGCAUUUAAGGCACAAGCGAGUAAAUUUGUACAACGCUUUCAUAAUGAACGUAAAACUAAAUUAACGCUACUAUUGGAAUCCGAAAGGUGGAAACAAGCUGACGUGCCGUUAGAAUUUCAAUCGCUAGUGGCAUAUGUAUACGAGAACAAAUGCUUUCCGCUUAAAAUAUUUACGCGCGAGGAUGGCGCGAGAAAUGAGAGUAUAGAAAAUUUUAUCAUGGUCGGCGAUGAAAAAUUCGCCGUUGUUGGUACUGCUUUGAUGCUUAUACAGAUGAUACACGAAUACUGCAGGACCGGUAGUGAAUUGGUCGCCUUAUCUGGUACCAUAGGAAGACAAUUAGCCGAAUUAUUAAGACAUUAUAAUUCUCGAUGCUGUCAACUAGUUUUAGGUGCGGGCGCAAUGCACGUCGCAGGCUUAAAAACCAUUACAAGUACGAUACUCGUAUUGGCGGCACGAAGUCUCAAGCUUAUAUUGUGGUUCAUGCCCUUUGUCAAGACGCAUUUCCAAGCACUCACAGAACAAAAUCCUAGUCGAGGAUUUGGCACAUCCGGUAUAAGUGGAGGGGUGGCUUUAUUAGAUAGUGUUGAAAGGGACAUACGCGCGCAUGUACGUGAGAUUGAAGGAAAAAUUCUCACUAUCGUAGACAAUUUGCUGGGCGGACAGAUAUCCAAAUGGACAGCAAGACCUCCAGUGCCAUCCAGAUCUUUCAGAAAUAUUUCUAGUUAUCUAAUAAAACUUCACGAAGCCGUCUCUGGAAUUUUGCCUACUGUCGAAGUACAAUCUCUUUACCGCAAGGUAAAUUCAUCAUUCAAGGAGAAACUUAGGGAGCAACUGGUUAAAAUGAAUGUAGUGAAUAAUGGUGGCCCGCAGCAUGGCGUGGUCACGUCGGAACUCACAUUUUAUCUCGAAGCCUUGAGAAAAUUAAAAGUUCUACCGAGCGAAGAGUUAAACGAUAAUUGGAUGAGUGACAUAUGGACUAGAUAACAUGCAGAGCGCGUGAUAUACUGCAUUAUAGAAGCAAUGAAAUAUUAUAGAAAAAGGUGACUAAUCUCUGUGACACACAUUUGUCUUCCUUGUAUCAUUAGUUAUAUCUGAAAAACAUGAAACAUACGGUAUCGAUGUUCACCGAUUGCCUGACAGAUUUUAUAAAAGAAGUAUUACUUGCAUUGAAUUUAUGAUUCGUAAAAUCGUGAAUACUUCAUUGAUGCUAAAUAUCAUGAUAUAUAUGUGCUGACAAAACACGAUACAGUUUCGUUAGUUUGAUGUAAAGAGAACAACAAACAUAAUGUUUCUAUAAAAUAGGACCUUUAAUAUUAAAAAGUGAAUUUUUCACACACAAAUGAUAUAAUCAUAACUUAUUUCCUAUUAUAAUCCCGACAAUAUAAUUUCUUUUUUAUGAGCAACUUACAUCAUACAUUCAUUGUUUUCAUAUUUAAUAUUAUAAUUUUGUGAUUACAUUGUAUAAUCGUGUCAUACGCCUCUCCCAAAUAUUUUUACCGACCACAGUGUUCAAGAAAUUACUAUAAUAUAUAUAUACACACUAUCGUAGAUAUAUAUAUCCAUAGAAAUUUUAUUUUCUGGAACAAAUAUAUAUGUGGUCGUGGACGAAAAAAAAAAAGGCAGAGAGAAACAGUAUUUAUUUUCAUGCAAUUUAAUAUUAUCCUUUACAGGCAUUUCGAUGUAUUACGAUGUCUAACAAAACGAAGCAUAGCAAUUUGUAAGUUUUUUUGUACGUAUUGUAUUUAGUAUGCCCGCAGCCUAUAUUUCCAAAAUUAGACGUUUUUUUAAAAGAUAUUUUUUCGUAACAAGUAUUUCAACAAUAAUUAAAUUGAAACAAAUUGUAUAGCAUAUAAUGUAUAUAGAAAUCAAAUUAAAAUUUAAAAAAAAGUUUAAAUUAAAUUAAAA